AUGGCGUCCGAAGCUGCUUCCCCCGAUCAAUUGGGCGAAAUCCCAAGCAAUUCAAGCGGCGGAGGCAUCCCGUUCUUCCUCCCUUUCCUCUUCGCCGCCGCCGCCGCGGCGCCAGACGCUCACGAUCAGCCGUGGCUCGUCUUCAUCGACGCGCUCAUCCCGGCCGUGGUCGUCGCGGAAGGCGGCGGCGGAUCGAACGCCUCGUUCGACGAUCUGCUGCCUCCCAAAGCCGGGCGGCGGGCGGCGUCGAAGGCGUCGAUCGACGCCAUGCCGACCGUGGAGGUCGCGAGCGGCGAGGAUUCCGGAUCUAGCGAGCAAUGCGCGGUGUGUUUGGAGGGAUGGGAGGGCGGCGAGACGGCGAGGGAGAUGCCGUGCAAGCAUAGAUUUCACGGCGGGUGCAUAGAGAGAUGGCUGAGUAUCAGCGGCUCUUGCCCUGUUUGCAGAUAUCAGAUGCCGGAGGAGGAGGAGGAGGAGAAAAAUCGGGAUGAGAGAGGGAGGAGGAGAGGGGUUUGGGUGAGCUUUAGUUUCGGCGGUGAUCGGAGCUCCGUUGACGGUGAAAAUCGCGAGAGUAAUGAAUGA